CUGACCACCAUAUAAGUGCUCGGCAAUCAUAUAGUUGAGAGCCUCCCCGACCAGCCAAUAUAUUUUUAAGCUCCAAGAAACAUGCCUCCACGAUAAUAAUUUCUGCGAUCACACCUCAAAAGUCCAUGCACGAGCCUUUGACAACUGGAACGCGUUUGGUCAUUAGUGCCGAUGCAGGUUUUGUGCUUGGUACUAGAAAGCUUUUGCUUAAGGUCCCACCCGACUCUGAGAUUCGUAUUGGAUGGUGCAAUGCCUGAUUAUGUGCUUGCGAAAGACUUGAUUCUGCAAAUUAUUAGUGAAAUAUCCGUGGCUGGUGCAAGAUACAAAUCCAUGAAAUUUGUUGGCUCCACUGUUAUAAGCUUGACUAUGGAAGAUAGAUUACAGCAUAACAUUGUGCAACAUGGUUAUUGAAGCUGG